AUGACAGACAAAAGUGGGGUUAUGAUUGGAUUGUUGUGAUGGUGUUUUGUUUUGUCAACGGUUUUUCUAAUUUCGAUCACCGCAAUUUUACUCAACGUUCUCGUGAAAGGCAUCGAUUUUACGUAUAAAAUCGCCAAGGAAUCAAGUUAAAUAAGAAUGAGUUCGCCAGUUCAGUGAACAGUGCAUCCACAAUUUCCAAGAUGAGAAUCAAAAAUGUCGUUAAUUCCGUUUUACUGAGAAGAGCAAAACUCUUAUCUCAACCAGACACACAAGCUCUCUAUGACGAUGUCACCGAGUCUGGAGCAAAAGAUAUCGAUGAUUUUCCAAAUUUCCGCAGUGACUCAAACGAGUCAAUUGAAGUAGAGAGUGUAGAAAGAAAGAGCUCCUGCCCUAGCUUGACAACAAUAAUACUGCUUCUUGCCUUGUUGGCUGUGUUUAUAGUUCUUCCUAUAAUAUAUUUACUUAGCUGCUUCAACUUGAUAUAUGAACGAAGGCUGGAUGAAGUACAUUACCAACCGAGCAAAAAGAUUCAUGAUUUGCUGAAUGCCUUUCACACCGAAAGCACAAAAUCAAAUGGACUUCCAAUUCCGCCAAAACCUGAUUACAACCAAUGCAAGUUGGUAACGAAAGCAGAAAGGUUCGACUGUCUAUCAACUGAAAGUCCAAACCAAAGAGACUGUGAGGCAAGAGGAUGCUGCUGGAUUCCUGUUCAUCAUGUUCAUUUGAAAAAGCCUCCUUUAGAUACACCAGAUUGCUUUUACCCACCAAAUUAUAACACGUAUCGUUAUGUCAACAUCACAGAAACAAACUAUGGGCUGGUUGCUUUUUUGAAAAGGAAUUACAGCAGUACAUAUCCAAAUGAUGUUGAACUACUUAAGAUGAUUGUUAAAUAUGAGACUGAAUCACGACUGCAUAUAAAGUUAAUAGAUCCAAACUUUCCAAGAUAUGAGCCUCCAUACCCUGAGGUUCCCAUUGUCAAUGGAGCUGCUCUGAACCCAUCUUAUAUUUUCGAAAUAGAUUCUUUAAAACCUGGAUUCAAAGUACUCAGAAAGGAAGAUAAAACUAUCAUUUUUGAUAGCAACAAUUUCCAGAAUUUGAUAUACUCAAAUCAAUUCAUACAGAUAAGCUCAAAGUUACCAUCUAAAUAUAUCUAUGGACUUGGGGAACAUAGAUCUACAUUUUUGCUUUCAACAGACUGGUCGCUAUUCACAUUGUUCAACCAUGAUGCCAUACCACAAUUUAAUAAAAACGGGUAUGGUAGUCAUCCAUUUUACUUGCUGCUGGAAAAUUCUUCCAAAAGCCAUGGUGUAUUUCUCCUUAACAGCAAUGCUAUGGAUAUAAUUCUCCAACCUGCACCCGCCAUAACAUUCAGAACGAUUGGAGGUGUCUUAGAUUUCUACUUCUUCAUGGGCCCUACUCCAUCAGACGUAGUUAGUCAAUACACAGAAUUGGUGCGGAGACCAUUCAUGCCUCCGUAUUGGGCUCUCGGAUUCCAUUUGUGCAGAUUUGGCUACAAUUCGUUGAAUGAUACAAAGAAAGUGAUGGAGAGAAACAUCAAAGCUGGUAUACCACUUGACACACAGUGGAAUGAUCUAGACUACAUGGACAACCACAACGACUUCACGUAUGAUAAAUCGAAAUUCGGUGGUCUUCCGAAGUUUGUGAAAGAUCUGCAUAACAGAGGGAUGCAUUAUAUUCCUCUUAUGGAUCCUGGCAUCAGCGCAAGUGAAAUACCCAAUACCUACCCACCAUACGAUACUGGCAUAAAAAUGGAUAUUUUUGUGAAAAAUUCCUCCGGCCAGCCAUUUAUCGGAAAGGUAUGGAAUUCCAAAUCAACUGUAUGGCCCGAUUUCACGCAUCCCAAUACUGUGAACUAUUGGACACAGAUGCUUAGGAAUUUGCACGGACAAAUUGAAUUUGACGGACUUUGGAUAGACAUGAAUGAGCCGUCUAAUUUCCUUUCAGGUUCCUUUUCAGGUUGCCCAAGGUCCUCGCUAGAAACUCCACCGUAUUUGCCAGGUGUAGACGGUGGUGCUUUAAACUAUAAAACAAUGUGUAUGAGCGCACAGCACUACGCAGGCUUGCACUAUAAUGUCCACAAUCUCUUUGGGUUCACUGAAGGUGUCAUUUCUAGCUUUGCCAUGGCGGAAAUCAGGGGGAAAAGACCUAUGGUGAUAUCAAGGUCAACGUUCUCUGGACAAGGCCAUUAUACAGGGCACUGGAGCGGGGAUGUUUGGUCAGCAUGGGCAGAUAUGAGAUACACAAUCCCAGAAUUACUGAGCUUCAGUCUGUUUGGUGUACCUUUGAUGGGCGCCGAUAUUUGUGGUUUCAAUGGAAAUACGACAGCAAGCUUAUGCAACCGUUGGAUGCAACUAGGAGCCUUCUAUCCAUUUUCUAGGAAUCACAACACGGACGAUGGAAUUGAUCAAGAUCCCGUGGCCAUGGGGAAUUUGGUGGUUUCUUCAUCAAAGAACGCCUUGAGGAUUCGAUAUUCCUUGCUUCCUUAUCUUUACACAUUGUUUUUCAAAGCCUACAAAUAUGGCGAGACAGUCUCGAGACCGCUGUUUUUCGAAUUCACCGAUGAUCCAAAAACAUAUGCCAUUGACACUCAGUUUUUGUGGGGACCAGCUUUGAUGAUCAUCCCAGUUUUACAAGAGAACCAUAUCUUCGUAAACGCGUAUUUGCCAAAAGGUGUUUGGUACGACUUCUACUCAAGAUCGGAAAUAAUAAGUGCUGGUACUAUGUUCAACUUGUCUGCCCCACUGGACGAAAUCCCCUUGAUGAUAAGAGGCGGUCAUAUUUUACCGAUGCAAGCACCAAUGAGCACUACGACGCUUUCGAGAAUGACAAAGAUGCAGUUAUUGGUUGCAAGUGACGCGAAUGGACUCAGUUUGGGUCAGUUGUACUGGGAUGACGGAGAUUCUCUGAAUUCCUAUGAAGAAAAACGAUAUUCACUCAUAUCAUUCGCAUUGCAAGGAAAUACAUUGAGAAGUAACAUUAAUUUCAUAGGAAUAGAAGUUCCGCCAAACCUAGGCAAAAUUAUAGUACUUGGUGUUAGAAUCCCCGUGAAACAAGUUACUGUGAAUGGCGUCACUACUACACCCUUCAAAUAUGAUACGAUCAACAGAGUAUUAACCGUUGAUCGUUUAAAUGUGCCGUUAAACAAGCCUUUUGCAGUCGCAUGGAAAUAGAUUGCAAUUCGUGUGCUUCCCUUACCGUAAGACUAAAGACAUACCAAAUAUUGCAAAAUGCUCAGUUACCACAAUAAAUGUAGGUGUUAAGAACAUAUUACACGUUUAUCCGUUUGAAAAACUCCUAAAUGUCCCGAAAGGUUCCGUAAUAUGGGAUCGUUUUCUUUCUUUUUUCCAUUGACGCAUUCUAAUUGAAGAUAGCUGUCCAUACAGCGAGAGAUCCGAAAGACCCUAGCGCUAUCUAUGAGGCAGUAGCAAAACACAAC